UCCUACUUUCUAGCCCUCUCUCUAUUCUCUUCUGUCUGACUACUGCUGCUGCGGCUGCGCACUCAAUAACAACAACAUAUCUCUCAUCUUUCUGCAUUCCCUCAGCAGAAUGUCUCCUCCCAAUGCUCCAACCUCUGACCCACUCUCCACUGCUACUCAUCUCACCCAUCGUGAACUUCUGUGCCGUCGUCUUCGUAACACUAAACGUCUUAUCAAACACUACAGACGUGAGUAUUGGGCUCUCAUGGAUGAAGUCAGGAUCAAACAUAGACAAUAUGUUACUGAGACUGGUCUUAGCCCUUUCAAGGAUGAACCUGAUGUUGUCGUUGACAAUUACACUAACAUCUGUGCUUUUCAUGGUUGUAAUUCUAAGCCUAUGCCUUGCACUUCGUUUUGCUUUACGCACAUUCUCUCUGAGCCCAAACAAGUGCUUUAUAAGCCUUGCACUUUCGUUAUUGCUAGGUCAGCGGCUGGACCUGUAACAUGCCAGAAACCUAUAAUAAGUUCUACGACUCCGUCUUACUGCACUGUCCACAUGAAGAAAGCAGAGAUGCAUCUUGCUAUGGCAUUGAAGAAGGCGGGACUGAAUAUCUCCCCCACGGACAAAGUGAGUCCUGAAUUUCAUGAAUUGGUGCCUGAAUUUGUUCGUCAAAUUCAGGCAAAAAGAAGAGCAAUGAGGGGAAAAGAAUGUAAGACUGUUAUUAAGAAGGAGGAGGAUGCAGAGAAAUGUGAAACUGAGGUUAAAGAGGGAGAUGACAUUGCCGAGGGGUGAAACUGAGGUUAAAAUGGGAUACAAACAUAAAUAAUAAUCCCUGUUACAAACCUGUUUCUAUUGGAGCAGUGUGAAUGACAGAAGACACCGAAUAAACAAGUUUCAAUUUGAGAGAAUAAUAAAUCGAAUCUUUAGAAUAAAAACAGCCUGGCUUAAAAUAACUGGUUCGUAUACUGAUUUUGGUUUCGUUUUCAAGUAAUAUGAAAUGCGCAAUGGCUUGCUUUUUCUCAGUUUCCUCUGCUCGUGUUAACACCUUAUCAGCACAAAGACAUUUGGAUGAUCAUUUAUGGGAUUAAUUUUGGUAAUGUAGGGAUUGUGCUUUAGAAAAGUGUAGUGAAGGAAUGCUGAUGAAUUGAAAAGGAGCAACAAAUUGUGUGGGCUCUUGGUUCCCAAGCAUUGCAUUGUUGAGAUUGAGUUGUUUGAAUUGUAAUAUCCAUGAUUUUCAAUUUUAAUUACAUUUACUGAA